AUGGAUAUUGAAGAAAUUUCCCCUGUUCCAUACUUUCGUGUGAUGCUAAUAGAUAUAGACUUACGCCUCUUUCUAUCUAUCUAUCUAUCUAUCUAUCUAUCUAUCUAUCUAUCUAUCUAUCACACUUUAUUCGUAUUUCUCUGUCUCUGUCUCUCUGUCUGUCUCUCACUCUCUCUCUCUCUCUCUCUCUCUCUAUAUAUAUAUAUAUAUAUAUAUAUAACACUUCAUUCUUAUCAAUCUAUCUCACUCUAUUCGUAUAUAUCUAUCACAUUUUAUUCGUAUCUAUCUAUCUAUCUAUCUAUCUAUCUAUCUAUCUAUCUAUCUAUCACACUUUAUUUAUCUAUCUAUCACACUUCAUUCUUAUCUAUCUAUCUAUCUAUCUAUCUAUCUAUCUAUCUAUCUAUCUAUUUCACUCUAUUCGUAUACAUCUCUGUAUCUAUCACUCUUUACUCGUACCUAUCGAUGUAUCUAUCUUUCUGGUCGUCCUAA